AUGUUGGAUGUUAAUAAAGGUAUCGAAGAACAAGUUCACAAGCUACCGUUUAUACCGGAAUGGGAAUUUCCUCGAAAAAAGAUAACAUUUGGUACGUAAUUACAAUGUAACUACACUUUGCAAUUCAUUUACAACUUGAUUCAGUGCCAGGAGCAGGCGCGCGCACGUCCCCGAAGAUUGUUUUGCACCUCCCAGGAAAUUCAUACCUCCCUUCAGACAUUUCUAUAAAUGAUAGAUCAAAGUCGAAAUUUGACUCAAUUUAAUAGUUAAUGGACCAUUUGCAUUAUAGACUAAAUUUUGAUCUAGACAAAAAUUUCAUCACAGCUUUCAUCACAUCACAAAAUUAGUAAUAUUCCAAAGUUUUGUUGCGAAAUGUUGUAAAAUGCGGAUAAUAUAGCCUUGCGAAAUUUGCAAUUUUCAGUCAUUUUGUAUUACAAACGGGAAAUUGAUGUCCCAACACCCGAUUGGGCUGUCAAUUUCCCGUGUGUAAUACAAAAUGAUUGAAAAACGGCAAACUUCGCAUGGCUAUAUUAUCCGCAUUUUAAAACAUUUCGCAACGAAACUUUGGAAUAUUACUAAUUUUGUGACGCUCUUUCAAACUGUGAUGAAAUUUUUGUCUAGAUCAAAAUUUAGUCUAUAAUGCAAAUGGUCCAUUGACUUUAAGGCGCCCGUUUUCCUGAGUGAGCUACAUCAUAGCUAUAUUCCUUGACGACCGUACACACGAACAAUUUUCCUUGUUGAACAAGGCCCCUAGUCCAGGAAAAUAUCGUCAAUUUGUGGCGUACACUCGAACAAAUGAAAGUUCUAUGAAUUUUAAAAAAUGAUAAUCGUUCAUCUGUAUGUCAACCUUUUAGUGCAAAGUUUGUAGUCAUACAUUCAUAACUGGUACAUACAUUACAUGCAUACAGUCAUGCUGUUGACUUUACAGGGACACUUAACCCUUAGAUCCUAGGAAGGGUGGACCCUGACCAUUACCUUUCCCAUAAAAUCCCCCCCCCCCUCUCUCAUCAUUUACAGUACGUAAAAAUCCAGAUUUGAUCCUACGAAAAAUUUAGAGCAACGUUACUUUAAAAAGGAAAACAGACUGUGAGGCAGCAGAGAAUUAGCUGAGUUCAAUUGUUUAAUUAUGGCAUGUUAAAUAUUUUCCCUCGGAAAAUCAUUAAUUUUAGAAGUUCAUCGGGCCAUUGCAGAGCGAAGGUUGUUUUGCUUUUGUUUUAAAACUCUGUAUGAAACCACUUACAGUACUAUAUAGUCUCAAAAAUUAUUAGUGGAAAACUAUCAAUGAAAAAUUCUCCAAUUGAGAAAUGCCAAAUUCACUGUCUUAUUGGAUUUCUUUCUAAAAAUUCAAUUAUCCAUAUAAUUUUUCAGUCAAUGAUCUUGGUUCUGGACAGUUUGGAGUCGUCUGGUUAGCAGAAGCAGUUGGUAUAUCAUCGUUUCACCCAAGAGAGGUGUUGAAAGAACGUGCAGGUGGCGGACGGUUUUCCUUCUUUUUGUAUAAGGCGAAAAGAAACAGAUUACUAAAUAGUAGAGAAGUGACAAAGGUUGCUGUCAAAAGCAUUAAAGGUUUGACUUCCAUUUUCCAAUACAGUUUUAAUGCCACAUGUAAUACUUUUGAUGAUAAAAUAGUUGCGACAGAUGAAGCAGGCGGGAAUCAUGUUUUUGUCAUAAAAAUUAAUGCCCUAAUAACAACUUUGAAUUAAAUAUUUUAUAGUUACAGGUCAAUCCCAAAACCAUUUGGAGGGAGUGGUGCUAGCUAUCAUCUAUACACGGAGUAAAUGGCUAUCAUGCAGAUAAAAUAACUUAGUAUUGAGCCAAAUUCGAAAGCUUUUUGGAAAAUAUGUCGUGUCGUACACCAUUUAAAGUUUGAUUUCAGGAUCCAUUCUCCUCUCCAGGCUACUAGUUUUGGUUCGCUUGGUGGUCCCUAGACCGCCUUGCCUACCUCCAUUCAAAGACUGGUUACACCCACAAAAAAUAAAAUCCACAGCCACAUGCAUGUCUAUAAUUAUGAAUAAAAUGCUUCUCUUUCAGAAAACGCAGAUCGCAAAAGUCUAGUUGAUUUUCAGUCAGAAUUAAAGAUUUUAAUUCAUGUCGGUGAAAAUGAGAACAUAGUAAACAUACUAGGUGCUUGCACAAAAGGUUAGCAACAACUACAGUAUGCUUUGUUUAAUACGUAUUCAAGGAGGCGUGGCUAUCAGAAAGGGGCCAGGGAAAUUACACUUUCGACAUAAUAUGACAAAUUAUGAAGAACAAACUUUGUGUUAUAUCAUAGUUUAUACGGUGGUGUUAUACAGUAGAAUAACAUUACAUGCUUACAUGUCUUUAAUGGUCUCCCAAUAGCUUUUAAAUAGCUUUUAAGUCGGCUACCUUAAAACUAAUAAGCCUUUGAUUUCCAAUUCAAGAGUAGAAGUUUCUCAAAGGUUCAUCUGCAUCAUACUGUAGUGUAUAAUUCAUGAUACCAACUUGGUCACUGUGAUGUUCAGUUUAGCUACUGUUGUCAUUGUAAUUUGUAAGAUAAGAGACAUGCACUGUAUCCCAUAUUAGAACUUUGAAUCCUGGUAUCCCAGCAGGAUACUGAGACAAAUUUUAAAUUUCAGGCCCAGAAAAUACAUCUGCACAUGUGCCCUGUGGGUUACAUCCUUCAAAAUAAUGAGCUCUUCUUAUUUAUAUUCUGCUAUUGUCAAAAAACAUUUUCUGCCUUUCAUUGUUGGUUUAAUUUGUUUAAUCUUUGUUAUUUUAAAUGCAGCUAUCCGAAAGUUCGCAAACUACCAAAGUCGACGCCAUGUUCUUUUUGGCUGUGUUUUCAUGUUCCAUGAAUAGCAUUACAUCACUGUUCAAUUAAUCUCUAUAUUGCACUGUAGCAUCAGUUAUCGGGUUGACGUGACGACUUCACCGUUGGCUGUUAGCCAAUCGGAAAAUUAUGAAUUAUUUCAAAUAAAUAAUAAAUUAUAGUGCAGUGUAUGCUACCAACCUUGGGUAACUUUUAAUCCUUUAAGUGCCAAUGCGCUCUGAUUUGCCUACUUUAUCAUUUUAUUCUUCAGAGGAAAACGCUGCUACUCAGUGGGUUAGCCAUUGUUAACAGUUUGUGUUCAAACAUCACAAUUUUGUUACUUUUACUUAGGAAAGAUUUCAAACUUGUGGAUAAUAAUGGAAUACUGUUCAAAUGGAAAUCUCCGAGAAUUCUUACGAAGCAGUCGGAAUAUUUACGACCUGGAUGAAGACAGUUUGAUUCCUGAUCCUGGCCAAGCCAUUGGACCAAAAACAUUGGUACAUUUUGCUUGGCAAGUUACAAAAGGAAUGACGUUCUUGAUUUCACGAAAG